ACGCCCCUUGGGGCACUCCAGAAUGAGGUCUUGGGGACAAGCCCAAGGAACCACCGCCCCGCUGGGAAAUCUGAACUAACACUCACCGACGAGUUCGCCAAGCUGGCAGCUCACGAGGGAAGCAGCUGGUGAAACUACGGCCAAAUGAAAAGUCGCCCUACCCCUGGACUUUGAAAUGCUUUACAUGAUCGGUUUGGGCCUGGGAGAUGCCAAGGACAUCACAGUCAAGGGGCUGGAAGUUCUAAAACGCUGCAGUCGAGUGUAUCUGGAAGCCUAUACCUCAGUCCUGACUGUAGGGAAGGAAGUUCUGGAAGAGUUUUAUGGAAGAAAAUUGAUUCUCGCUGAUAGAGAAGAAGUGGAACAGGAAGCAAAUAAUAUUUUAAAGGAUGCUGAUAUCAGUGAUGUUGCAUUCCUUGUAGUUGGUGAUCCAUUUGGAGCUACAACACAUAGCGAUCUUAUUCUGAGAGCAACGAAACUGGGAAUCCCUUACCGAGUUAUUCACAAUGCUUCCAUAAUGAAUGCUGUAGGCUGCUGCGGUUUACAGUUGUAUAGGUUUGGAGAGACAGUGUCUGUUGUUUUUUGGACAGACACUUGGAGACCAGAAAGCUUUUUUGACAAAGUGAAGAAGAACAGACAAAACGGCAUGCACACAUUAUGCUUACUAGACAUCAAAGUAAAGGAGCAGUCUUUGGAAAAUCUAAUCAAGGGAAGAAAGAUCUAUGAACCUCCUCGUUAUAUGAGUGUAAACCAAGCAGCCCAGCAACUUCUGGAGAUUGUUCAGAAUCAGCGAAUACGAGGAGAAGAACCAGCAGUCACCGAGGAGACACUCUGUGUUGGCUUAGCCAGGGUUGGAGCUGAAGACCAGAAAAUUGCAGCAGGCACUUUGCAGCAAAUGUGUACUGUGGACUUGGGAGGACCAUUACAUUCCUUGAUUAUCACAGGAGGCAGCUUGCAUCCACUGGAGAUGGAGAUGCUAAGUCUGUUUUCCGUACCAGAAAAUAGCUCAGAAUCCCAAAGCAUUGAUGGACUCUGAACAUAGGCAUUUCUAUUGUUAGAUGUUAAUUUCAGUUAUAUAUGCAAUACACAUAUUUGUAUAACAAAUCAAACAGGUCUUUUGGUUUACCUAAGAAGUAUAAAACGAGUGGCCAAGAAGAAAGAUGCUGACUCAACAAUGCUUGGUUUCCUUUGGCAAUGAGUUUUUUCCCUAUGAUAUCAUCAGUUUUUGCUGCUAUUUUGGCAGUUUUUCAGGAUGUACAUACAUGGAGCAGACCAUGCUGGAAAACUUACAGAUAGACAUCCAUCGACAGAGUCAUUUAAAAGCAAUUUUUGUUUAUGAAAUCAGUUUAUACAAGGUGGAGCUUUCUUCUUUCUUAAAAAGUCAGAUGUCCUGACUGCAAGAUAAGUUGUCCUGACAACAUUUGGUAUUAAUGCAUAUAAACAGAGGUGGGAAGAAUAAGUCCCCACCCAACAGUCCUACUUACUUAAAGCUCAGCUGAGCACAUGCCACAAUGUGACAUCCUUUUGAAUUGCCUUGUCUUGUUUAGCUGACGUCCUAAUUAUGUGCCUCAUAUUCUGCUGUAUUUUGGAGGUUAUAUAAUUGUUGAAUUAUAAAUGUUCAGCCAGCCAUGUACAGUUGCUAUUUGGUUUUAAAUAGCAUCCUUCACAUCCAAGCUGAAAAAUGGAAAACUUGCUGACUACAAAAUAAAAUUUUAAAAUAUUUAAGUUUGAAAACAACAAU